AAAUCGCUCAGAGAGGGAGAGAGAUCUAGGGUUUGAAAGGUAUCCUCUCUCAUCCCAAAAUCUUAUUUGCAAUGUAGGUCUUAGUUUCUGCAUCGGAUCGAUUGCUUUCAUCGAUCUGGAAUUUCAGAACGAGGAAGAUAUUGCGGUACUAGAAGAUGGCUGAUGCUGAGGAUAUUCAACCUCUAGUGUGCGAUAAUGGAACGGGCAUGGUCAAGGCUGGAUUUGCUGGAGACGAUGCUCCAAGGGCUGUGUUUCCCAGCAUUGUUGGCCGCCCACGUCACACUGGUGUGAUGGUUGGCAUGGGGCAGAAAGAUGCCUAUGUUGGGGAUGAAGCUCAAUCCAAGCGUGGUAUUUUAACCCUGAAAUACCCAAUUGAGCAUGGUAUUGUGAACAAUUGGGAUGACAUGGAGAAGAUCUGGCAUCACACUUUCUAUAAUGAGCUACGGGUGGCCCCAGAAGAACACCCGGUUCUCCUCACUGAAGCACCACUCAAUCCCAAGGCUAAUCGUGAGAAGAUGACACAAAUCAUGUUUGAAACCUUCAACACUCCUGCUAUGUAUGUUGCCAUCCAGGCUGUUCUGUCCCUUUAUGCCAGUGGUCGCACGACUGGUAUUGUGCUGGACUCUGGGGAUGGUGUUAGCCACACAGUCCCCAUCUAUGAAGGAUACGCACUCCCACAUGCCAUCCUGCGUCUCGACCUGGCAGGCCGUGACCUGACAGAUGCUCUUAUGAAAAUACUGACAGAACGUGGCUACUCUUUCACAACCACAGCUGAGCGUGAAAUUGUGAGAGACAUGAAGGAGAAGCUGGCCUACAUAGCGCUCGACUAUGAGCAGGAGCUAGAGACAUCCAAGACCAGCUCUUCUGUGGAGAAGAGCUAUGAGCUACCUGAUGGGCAGGUUAUCACCAUUGGGGCCGAGCGUUUCCGUUGCCCGGAGGUGCUUUUCCAGCCUUCAAUGAUUGGAAUGGAGGCUGUGGGCAUACACGAGACCACAUACAGCUCCAUCAUGAAGUGUGAUGUCGAUAUUAGGAAGGAUUUGUAUGGAAACAUCGUUCUCAGUGGUGGGUCCACCAUGUUCCCAGGUAUUGCUGACAGGAUGAGCAAGGAGAUCACGGCACUAGCGCCGAGCAGCAUGAAGAUCAAGGUGGUGGCUCCUCCUGAGAGGAAGUAUAGUGUGUGGAUUGGAGGCUCCAUCUUGGCCUCUCUCAGCACUUUCCAGCAGAUGUGGAUUGCAAAGGCGGAGUAUGAUGAGUCUGGACCUUCAAUCGUGCACAGGAAAUGCUUCUGAUCAAGUGAUAAAGCAAAAUUGGGAUGAUCAGAGAGACUGAUUUACAUCAGGGAAUGCUGCUGCAUGCUUUCUUUCUUUUCGUUUCUUCUUUCUUCUGUCUUUUCAAUUUUUGUGUUUGAUAAUGACCUUGAGUUGCCAGAGAUCCCCAGUAAUCCAUUUUUUCGUGUUAUUAUUCUCCCCUCCCUUAAAAGUAUCAUGGAACUGUGUAAUCUUUUGAAAGCAGCCUAUCAAUACUGCUCUGGUUUGGGUUUCAUUUGAUUUUUUUUUUUUUUUUCUUUUUUAAUUUUAUGAAAACCUUCUCAUCUCUAGAGAUGUGUAAUGGAAAGAAUCAAUAAGAAGAAUGUCUGUUCCAUUAGAAAUGCUUA